CCUUUGCGAGACGCCAUAGAAUAUAGACCCCAGGUCUUUGAAACUCUAGCCAUCUACCGCCACGAUGGCACAUUGAACCCACACAAAACAAAUGCAUACAACGGGCCACCGAGGCCAGAGCUCGAGGAAGCCUGGGACAAACUUAUGAAUAAUACCAACAUCCGAGUCACCCAAGAUCAACUGGGAGAAGAGUUCGCUGCUCAGGAUAGCAUCGUCGAACUAAAUGACGGGAGCGGCUACUAUGUGACCGUAUCCGCUUACCACGGGCUGCACUGUGUCCAACGGCUUCACCACUACAUCUACGCAGAGCACUAUUAUCCUGGACUUGAUGAAUUUGAAACAUUCAUGUUGCGAAGGCACGCAGGUAAGUAUGAUGGACACCGCCAAUGUGUGGUCUGGGAGAAAAUCGAGCAAUGGAUGGCGGAGCACUCGUUUGAUCCGCAUGAGCCGGGCUUACUUGUGCAUCCGAUAUUUGGUAAGUUAGAUGCUGACUGA